CUCAUUGGUCCUACGUGGACCAAUGAGAGCUGAGCGAGCUGAGUGGGAAGCGACAGAAGCCUUCAGAUGGAUGUUUGUGUAUGAUGGAUGUAUGAAGAGAACCGCUGGUGUGUUUACGUGCCUUCUCUUCUGUCUGCGUCUCAUCUCGUCACUGGAACAGUCACCAUGAAGCUGAUCCCCAGAGCUGCUAGAGGAGCCUCAUUCAGCUGCUUCACUCUGGCUUUUCUCUUGUUGCUGCACUGCUGUCACAUAGCCAGCAUUCUGGGCCAUAAGUCUGACUCUGCCUUAACUGUGGUGGAGAAUACAGAGGAAGGAGAGGGAGUUGUCGGUGAUGAAGAAGAUGAGGUGACGAUUGAUGAAGAUGAAGGAGAUUUAGAGGUGGUCCAACCUACUGAGGAGUGGCAAACACUCAAACCAGGCCAGGCAGUGCCAGCAGGUUCCCAUGUGAAGCUGAAUCUGCAGACAGGUCAGAGGGAGGUCAAACUGGGAGAAGAGCAACUUAAAUACUGGACACAGGAACACAGAGAGACAGAAGAGAUCCAGUCCUCCUUCAGUCCUGACGAGUUGAAACGGGCCAUGAAGAAGAUCAAGGAGGACCUGAACCCAGUGAACAAAGACACGGACCAACAGGGCUCUGUGGCGUCUCAAUUUCGUCCCCUGGAGGAGUUGAAGAAAGACAUGGCUCAGCUGGACCUGCUGGUGGAGACGGACUUUCAGAUAAUGCGGCGCCUGCUGGACCAGUAUAACAGCAGCAACUCGACUACACAGCAGAGGCUGAGCAUCCUGCUGGAGCUGGAGUAUCUGGUGCAUCAGGUGGAUAACGCUCAGAGCCUGUGUUCGAUGGGGGGUCUCCAGCUCAUUCUAGAGGGCCUGAACAGCUCCGACUUCAGAUUACAGGAAAGCUCUGCCUUUGUCCUGGGAUCUGCUGCGUCCAGUAACCCGGUGGUCCAGGUGAAGGCUGUGGAGAGUGGGGCUCUGCAGAUGCUCUUAACCAUACUGGCCACUGAACAGCCACUCCGAGUCAAAAAGAAGGUUCAUUUUGCAGUGGCCUCCCUCUUACGGAACUUCCCCUACGCACAGCGCCACUUCCUGUCACAUGGAGGCCUGCAGGUCCUAUCAGAGCUGUUCAGGGCCGACGGAGGUGGAGUUCUGCGUACGCGCAUUGUCACCAUGUUAUAUGACAUGAUCAGUGAAAAGGAGCUGAUCUCUCAGGCAGGUCUGGACCUGGUGCUGGAUGCCUCCCAUGAGGAGCGGGUGCGUCAGUACUCUGAGGUGUCUCUGCAGGGGGAGUUGCUGGAGAAGGGCUGGUGCAGUCUGGUCCCACAGCUGCUGGAGUCCACUGAACACGACUACAGAGAGAAGGCUCUGCGGGCUUUGUUGGCGAUGGCUCCCGUAUGUUUGGAUCAGUACCGCUCAGACAGCUCUCUGCUGGGCUCUCUGCUCUCUCUCAGAGGCCAGUACCAGGAAAUGGCCCUGUCAGAAAUGAUUGUAGGAGAGGAGAAUGACUACUAUGCAGAGAUUGUAGAACUUAUAAAUGCACUUCAAGUCAAAAUAAAACGAUGAGAGGAUUGCACAGUGGCAUUUUACAUGGCCGGACAAUGCAACUACUCAAGCGAAUGACUCCACAGAAGGACAAAGACAUCAUGACAAGAGUCUACUGUAUGCAAUGCAAGGUCAAAGGAUGCACCUUUGAGGAUACAAAUGUUGGGCUGACCCUGUAGGCGGUGGAUUCAUUGAUGUGUCGGUGUGAACUUGAGAUUUGAGACCAAGAUUUCAUCGAUGGCCUCACAUCGUCUUUUGGACCGGUGUGGGGAUCAAAAUAAAGAUUUCUUUUUCUAAUGUCGUCAUUGUAAAGUAUUUUUACUUUAUGUUCAGAAUUUAAGAAUAAAUUAAUUAUUCAAAAA